CCUGCCCUGUCUUGCAGGCCUGACAAGGGGCUCAGGCUGGCCCCCGUGUCCCCCGCCCACGCCACGCUGCUCAACGACACCUGGAAGUUUGGGGGGAACAACUGGAGCCUGCGGUACCUGUGCCUCCUGAUCCGCCACUUCCCCAACGCCUGUGUGCUGGGCCCUGAGGGGACCCCCAUCUCCUGGUCCCUCACCGACCCACCGGCUGCCCUGACGCACGGUUACACCCUCCCGGAGCAUCGCGGCCAGCACUACCUGAGGUCCGUGGUGGGGAUGCUGUCGGCACAGUUGCAUGCCCGCGGCUUCCCUGUAUACACCGGGGUGCUCCCCCACAACGAGCCUUCGCUGCACUCCCUGCAACGCCUCGGCUUCCGCAUCCUGCCUGGGGUGUUCUACCAGCUGCUGGUGAGGCCUGGGUUCACCCAGUCCCAGUCAGCCAGUGCCCUGGACUCGGCCCAGGACCCUGCGCCCAGCUCUGGGGAAUGGCCACACACACACAGCACGGGAGGGGAGAGGAGGAGAAGGAGUCAUGGCCUAGGGCCCUGUGCACAGCUCUUGGGGACAGCCAUGGUCUGCCAGCACGUAGCCCUCGGCGAGGGGAUGAGACAGGGACACAGCCCAGCCAUGUCCAGAGACCUUCCACCCCCAAGAAGGGGACACAUUGACCAGCCACCAGGGAGCUCAGCUGUCAGCCCUUGGGAAGCCAGGGCCUGGUAGAGGAGACUAGCUCAUGCUCCAUUAUCCCCUGGAGCAGGGCAGAGUCUCAGUAGGGGGCGCUCUCCCCGGCAGUCAGUGCUGGCCCCAAAGGGAGCAGGGUGAGGGCUCAGCAGUGGGCACUCUCCCACUCCCUUCCCCAGGCAGUUUGUUGCUCGGCGUGGGGCUAUGGUGGGGGGGUCUCCUUUCCAGGGUCUUGCCAGAGCUUUGGUGCAAGCUCCUUUGGGCUCCGACCACAGGUCCCAGCUGUGGCCCACCCCUUCCCUCCCCUGUGGUGAUAGGGGGCAGGUGCUAGCCUUGCACGGUUGCUCCAGGGCCAGCAGCCAGCUAGAAAGCCAGGCCAGGGCUUGUGUUGAUGAUGGUGCACUACACGCUGGAGGGGAGCGGCCAUAGAACCCCACCGUUGAGCCCUGCUGGGCCCGAACACAGGGAGGAGCAUCCGCUCUUCUCCCUUCCCCCCAGAAUGGACGUCCUCGGCCCUGGGCAGGUGACUUGGGACUGACCUGCCCCCUGCCAGCCCCAGUGCACAGGCUGCUCCUCACCGUGUAGCUGGGCCCAGGUGCAGAGCCAGUGAGCCGUUGGGUUGUGGGAGAAGACCCCCCACACACAGCAGACAUGGCAGGUUCUCCUCCCCCUUGCUGGUAGGUCAGUAGCCAUGUGGAGAGGGGGUGGGGCACUCCGGCUCCUUGCAGGCCCCAGGGACACCCAUCCCCUUCCUCUCAGGGGGUGGGACAAAG